UUCAUUGCCCGGAGACGGAGCUGCUCCGACGACAAAACGAAAGAGAUGUCUUUCAUGAGAGGAGAUCUGCUGACAAAGACGAGGAAGCUGGUGAAUGGUCUUGCCAAGGCCAAGCCCUUAUGGCUUAAAGCCAUGGAAGAGGCACCGCCUGUGACAUUUCCUCGUACUGACGGAAAAUUUGAGCCAAUUACUCUCCCUGAAGAUAUCUAUGUGAAGAAGUUCUUUCAGAAGCACCCAGAGUCUAAAUAUGAAGAUGCCAUUAGGUUUAGUGGUUUUGAUCCUCCUCCGGCUCGUGUUUUUGGUUGGCGUGUGCUCGAGUUAAAGGAGCAAGGUGUUAGUGAAGAGGAAGCCAUGGCUGUAGCUGAUAUGGAAUAUCGGGCAGAAAAGAAGGCAAAGAAGAAGGCAUACAUCCGGCUGAAGCAAAUUGCACGACUCCAAGGGAAGAGGCCACCUCCGAAUCCAUAUCCGAGUGCCAUCAAGGAAAUACAGGCUGAGGAAAGGAAAUAUGUUCGUGACCGUUUCACCAAUCCAAAAAUACUUGAGAUUGUGAAGAAGAUGAAAGAAGACAAGGCAGCUGAGAUGCAAGAGAGAUGGGGCGGUGGCUGGUGAGUGGUGCAUGGCUUCUUCUCAACAAUUCUAAUUCAGCAGGAGAAAGGCUUCUAAUUCACCCCCUUGAUCAUGUUGAGAGAAUGACCCAGGAUUUUGAAUUAGGAUAAAUAUAGUGUUUGCUAUUUGUAAUAUUUGAAUCUGUAAGAAAUGAUUGAUCGAUCCUCUUAAGGGAAAAAAAGAAGAAAAGAAAAGAAAAAUAGAUCGAUCUAUCUGGUGUUAUUAUUACAUGGAACCAUAAUUUAAAAACCCAGAAACUCAACUCAAUAUCGAGCUGGUUCAAGUUGACUUGAAGACUCAAAUCGACCUGACUCGAUAUUUAAUAAUUAAACUAGGAAGAACAUUUGGCUAA